GUUCGUCAUCCUUUUUGGGAGGACUUCCCUCAUUGCGAUAUCCACAUGGGUAUCACCUCAGAUAUUCUUCAUCAGCUGUACCAGGGAGUUGUCAAGCACCUGGAACACUGGUGCACCAGUUUAAUGAUGACUGCAGAGUUGGACCAUCGCAUAAGAUCACUUCUGCCU